UAGUGACGUCUAAUCAAAAUGGCGAUCCUCCUGUAGGGGACGAAUGCUGUUCACUCGUUACAUUUUGACCAGUAAAACCUGACAUACAUAUAAAAUCAUCUCUUAAUCAGUAUGUUAAUAAGCAUGGCUUUAAGAAGUGCUCUUAAAUCGACAUCUGUCGUUCUGCGAGAAUGUGGUGUUUUAUCCAGGCUGAAAGGAACCUGUGCGUCUCUCCCAUUUAAACAUGGGGCAUGUACCUCUGUCAUCACAGGGCCUUCAAACAGCAACAAUGAGACUGUAUUGACAGGUAUUGGAAGUUUCACCAUUCAGCCUGUGAGAAACUAUGCCCGUGCCGUAAGAAAGAAGAAGCCAGUGAUGCAAAGUCAGCUGAGUGAUCUUUCUCCAACAAUGCUGAAAAUGGAAUAUGCUGCUGUUCCACUCGCUCAAACAGCUGAUGACCUGGUCAAGAGACUUCUGACACUGGAACUAGCAAGCCACAGCGAGAAGUUGCGAUUGAAAACGGAGCAGCUGAUUGCAAAAGUCCAGAGAGAUGAAGCUGACCGCAGCUCUACAGAAGUCAAGGUGGCCAUUUUGACCUCCAAAAUCCGAAACUACCAGGAGCACCUGCACAAACAUACUAAGGACAAAGCGAACAAGCGACGGAUGCUCAUGGCCAUUGACCGCAGGAAGAAGCUGCUCAAGCACCUGAGGGUGACUCGCUACGACGCCUUUGAACAUGUCUGCCAGCAGCUGGGAAUCACCUACACUUUCCCCCCGGAGUACUACAGACACGCCACCCGACGCUGGCUGGCCAAGAAGGCCCUGUGCAUAAAGGUCUUCAAAGAGGUGCAGAAACAGAAACUGGAGCAAAGGAAGAAAAUGAAGCAGACCCUCGCCCCCAUACUGGCAGAACCAGCCAGGACAACCGCUAUAGGAACCCAAUAAACUACUACAGUAUCGGGGUAUAUUGCAAGGCACGCUCCAAUGUCUGUCUUACUCGAUCCAUUCAGUCUUGCUCUCAAUGGGCAAAUUCAUUUUGCAUGGCCCCAGGUGGGCGGGGUUUGCUAAUUUUCGACCAUUCAUAUUUGUCCUAAGGACAAAUCUCCACCCACCCGUGGCACCAGCAAUGCAAAAUACAUUUUCCCAUGUAUUGCUAUACUGUAAUAAGAAACAUGAAUAACUUAUUGUUUGUAGUACACCAAGUCUUCAUUCUUCCUGUCCCCUCUGCAAGUUGAUGCAUCAUCAAACCACAUUUGGUCCAAAUAAACGCAGUGAUGCAGAUAUGUGGUUUUAGGGUGGGCAAUUUCUAUUUGUACUCAGCAUAUGUGACCUGAGACUAUCAAAUAAACCCACAAUUAAUCAUUUAAUUUAAUAAAAUGUAUUGUUUGCGA